UUGAUAGAAAAUGAUCCGAAUUUUGGUCACUUCUACCAAAUACUUGCAUAUCUCCAGCUUUGUGAAACAUUCGCUAUCGCCACCAGCAAUCCUGUGGCGGCGGACCUGUUGCACCAGCACAAGAUGAACCUGUUCCAGACGCUGCUCUGUUACUACGGUACCAUUGGCCAGUCUUCAAUCUUGCCUCGACUAGCAAGUCAGCUUAAUGGGCCAGGACAAAAGGGAGAAAAUGAAACUCUGCAGAUCAGUCAGUCCUCUUAUGCAUCUAAAGUCUCCUGUGCCUCCACGACUGAUUGUCAUUCCAGCCAUUCCGAAAGAGCCAGUGAAAAUAAUGAGGCCACAACUCGUUCUGAGUCUACUCGGUAA